GCCAAGGGGACGGGGAAGUGCGAGCGAGCCGAGCUCCUUCCUUCCUUUUUGUGACACUCAGAACGUGCCCGCUCGAAGAAGGCACAGACAUCUUUUCCUGCCCCUGGGCUGUGCGCGGCCGCGCUCGGGGCUCUCAUGGUGAAAGAACUCCGCGACUUCGGCGGGGCGCUCCGGGGUCCGGGGCUGCCAAAACCCAGCCAAGGAGCCUGAGCGGCGCUUACCCCGAAACGGAGCAGGUGACAGCAAGCAAUGGACCAAGAUUCACACUGCACAGCAGAAAAAGAACUGUUGGAAGCUGUAAGCAGAAUUACUACAUCUUCUACCACAAGUCCAUCUGAUGAAGAAGAAAAUCAAUCCAAAGCUGAAAUUUCGUGUCAAGUGAGAAAAGAAAACCCAGAAAAAGAUGAUGCUCAAGAUCCCAGUGCAACCCUAAGUCCCAACUCUUCGAUGACCACUAAGGAGCUUCAGGAGUAUUGGAGGAAUGAAAAACGCCAGUGCAAACAAAUCAAACUCCUUUUUGAAAUCCCAUCAACCAGAAUUGUAGAGCACCACUUAUCGAAAUACGUGGUGUAUAAAAUAAUCAUUUUGCAAACAGGGAGUUUUGACAGCAACAAGUCUGUAAUUGAACGACGUUAUUCAGAUUUUGAGAAACUGCACAGAAAUCUGCUGGAAGAAUUUAGCGAAGAAAUGGAAGAUGUAACCUUUCCCAAAAAAACUCUAACAGGGAACUUCACAGAAGAAAUAAUCAAUGAAAGAAAAUUAGCCUUCAAGGAUUACCUGAGACUCCUAUAUUCCAUGAAAUACAUCAGAAGAUCAAAGAAAUUUAUUGACUUUUUAACAAGGCCAGAGCUUCAGGAGGCAUACAGCUGCCUGCGGGGUGGCCAGUACACCAAAGCUUUGGAAAUCCUUUUAGAGGUCAUUGGGCUGCAGGAAAGGCUGACCAGAGGGAACCCUGUUGCAGUUGUCCCCACUCUCUGUGCCAUCGUGGUGUGCCACAAGGACCUGGAGAACCCAGCAAGUGCCUUUGAGUACGGAGAAAAAGCUCUGUCACGCCUCCACGUGCACAGCAGCCACAGGUAUUACAUCCCUCUGCUAGAAACAAUGAUCACUCUGGCCUAUGAGCUUGGCAAGGAUUUUCUGUCUCUGCAAGAAACGCUGGAAGAAUGGAAGACAAAGAAGGAUCCCGUGCGCGUUCUUACCCUGAAGGAACUUGCGGUUCGGGAGUACGUACGGUGAGCACCAGAAACAUUCAUGAAAAGCUCCAGGAGAAAACUCUGAAUGAGUGAGAACUGGAAAUUACCUGCUUGGCUUGCAUGGCACUGUAUCAACAGGAAAAAAAAAAAAAUCUAUGUUCAAAGGAACAUUAAUAUCUAUGUUGGAAUGUAUUGCAUCUACUGUACAGAUAUGAGAAGUACCUGAGGAGCACCACAAGGUUUUUUGAAGGAAAUUUGCAAGAAAAUAAUCAUUUAUUUUGGUUAUUUAAACAUAGCUUAUUUUGUGUGAAAAGUCAGAAUAUGAAAAUACAAUUAAUAAAGCACUUGAAAAUCUACAGAA